CCAGCCUCCCUCCUUCCCUGCACAGCCGCGGCCGUCGCUACCCGCCCGCCCGGAAGCCGCUCUCGGCGGAAAACCGCGCGAGGCGAGGCCUCGCCGCCGCCCGCCCCCUCUCUCCCUCGGCGGCCGCGGGCUCCUUUCGCUUGGCAUCGGCCUCGCCGCUGCCGCCCUCCCUGCCGCCCUCCCUGCCUCCGGCUCUCCGCGGCUCCCGGCGACGGCAGCGGACAACAAUGAAUGUGGAACAUGAAAUUGACCUCUUAGUUGAGGAGAUUCGGCGGUUGGGAACCAAAAAUGCUGAUGGACAAGUGAGUGUGAAAUUUGGUGUGCUCUUUGCUGAUGAAAAAUGUGCCAACCUCUUUGAAGCUUUAGUGGGAACUCUUAAGGCUGCAAAACGACGAAAGAUUGUCUCUUAUCAAGGGGAACUACUUUUACAAGGUGUUCAUGACAACGUUGAUAUCAUGCUACUGCAGGAUUGAAGCAGCAUACAUUUCAGCUGUGCAUUAAUUGAAUUGUUUCAGGCAGUGACUUGCAACUUUCUCUGAAUAAGGCUAAUGAUUCUAGUAUGUUUUGAUGUAUUUUCUAUAUCUUUCUAGUCUAAAAGAAGCCAUCCUAUUUUGGAAAACAUUCCCUUUUGUAAUUCUUCUUCAAACAGUACUGUACACGAUAAGGUGAAAGAUGCCAGUUUUCAGGUUUUUUUCAAUCUCAGGUAAUACUCAUAAAGGUAUUUGAUGGUUGUUUUCAACACAUGAAGAAGGAGACUGAUAAUUUAAUGUUUACAAAUUAAAAUGUGCCAUGAAAGUGUAAAAUAAAAGCACAUAAUAGA